AUGGCGCUCGUGAUUCGCGAAUCCGGCAACCUGAAGCCGGAUAUUCGCCUUGCUCAGGCAGUGUCUGAGUUUGAAGCCUUGCUCACAUCAGAGCAGAAGUCAACGUUUAGGACUUCACGCGACCGGGCAGUCAGCACAGCACCGACCAUGUCAGAUGUCAUGCGGUUAACGGCCGAAAUCGAUCUGAAAGCUACUAGUAAACAUGGUCGUGGACGUUGCUUUGGGCCAAGAAUGACGAAUACACUCCAGGCCAUUCAGCAGUUUGCAGCUUUGGGGGAUAUCGUAGUUGGGGGAGGGCAAAACCUCAUUGCUUGUGGGGUGUGGGCUGUUGCAAGGAUGGCCCUUCAUGUUAUCACUGGGUAUUUUACAUAUCUAGAAAGCUUGUCCCUACUCUUUAUGGCCAUUGGUCGGAAUGCCCCACGCUAUCAAGCCAUGGCAGCGUUAUAUCCGAAGUCCAAAAGACUCCAAGGUUUUCUAUGCGAGUACUUUACCAUCAUCACCAAGCUAUGUCACCAAUCAGUGUUAUGGACCAAGAAGUCUGCCAUUGGUCGAUUCACCUCUACCAUCAAAGAUCCUCAGAUGAAGACCUUCAAGGAUGAUCUGGAGGUUUGGUCUGCAGCGAUAAAAGAAGAGACGAACCUGUUGUUAAACCAGCAGGUUGUGGAGGAAGCAAAGAGGAACUCCAUAUUUCGCUCUCUUGCCACAUUCCGCGCAGACGCCUCUGCUCACCAACGUAAAAUUGAGAGAUCUACUCGCUUUUUGGAUAAAUGCUCAAAACAUGACUACCGGACUACAUGGAAGCAGACUCGCAAGUGUGGAACAACCAGCAUGUUGGAAGAUUGUCAAGAAUACCAGCAGUGGAAAGAAGGAUCCAAAACAACCUCGAUCCUUUUUCUUGGAAAGCUUGGGGCUGGAAAGUCAGUUUUGCUUGCUAACAUUGUUGAUGAUCUCAAUCUGAGGGACAAUGCUGUGACUCUCUACUUCUUCGCCAGACACGAUAAUGAGGAGAGUAUGAAGCCUAGGACAAUGUUUGGGUGUCUCAUGCGCCAGCUUUUAGAGCACAUCAUGGAUGACGACAGCUUUAGUCACCUCUUUACGGAGAACAUACCUAGACUUGAUCUAGAUGAUAUUAUCGAUCUUUUCCGUCUGGCCAGACCUAGCGAGGUAUCCAUCGUGCUUGAUGGCCUAGACGAAUGUGAGUUGGAAGCUCAACGGACUGUUUUAGGACAUCUAGGCGAGAUACGAAGAUUUGGAUACAGAAUAUGCCUGUCAGUGCGGACACCCGAGGAUAGUCCACUUUGGAAAGCGAAAUUAUUUGGACUCCGCGUUUACAUACCAGAAGAGAAUCCGGACAUUUCCAAUUUCAUAGAGGCUGAAAUCGACCGUAGAGUCGAAGAUGGUAGACUUGUUACCCGGGAUCCAGACCUGGUCGAAGAAGUCAAGAAAGAGCUGAUUGCCGGGGCCUGCGGAAUGUUUCUUUGGGCCACCUUGCAACUUGACUCCAUUUGUGCUGAAGUAUCAGACCACGAUAUCCGAGAAGCCAUUCAGGAUCUACCCCACGAUCUAACAGAGACAUUCAGACGUAAUCUCUCUAAAGCCAGCCCGCAAGACUCUAAAAGACUCCAUGUUCGAAUAUUCAAAUUUCUAGUCAGUGCAAGAGAGCUCUUGACAGCCGAACAACUUCGUCAAGCAGCCAGUGUCACCAUCGGACAAACCAUAUGGAACUCGGACAGAGAGAUAACUAGUAUUCAUCCAGUUCUUAAAUUCUGCGGCAGCCUGGUCAUGGUCGACGAAGAAGACGAUACUGUUCGAUUCAUCCAUCAUAGCGCGCGAAGUUUCUGUCUGGAGGGGACGAACUCUGUGACAGAUUGGAGUUUCACCCAAUUGGAAGCAGACCAGCAUAUGGCUGAGACUCUGGUCACUUACUUGAGCUGCAACGCCUUUGAGACAAGGCUUUCAAAAGCUGUAGCACCCAAGAUCAAUGCCAAGGAAAUGCCAAAGAUAGUGGCAAUGAAUGCAAUGGGCUCUCAUCCCAUGGGAACAGGUGUUGCUAGCAGGUUACUCCGUUCCAAGUCGAAGCUGAAACGAGAUAUUGGUCCAGCCUUAGUAAAGGCGAGUGCCAAUCGCUCACAGGGAGACCAUUUUCCAUUUCUGGCCUAUGCAAAGAGGCACUGGGUACAACACACUUCUCAUCUGGAGGACAUUCCCUCUCUGCCGCAUUGGCAUACCUUGCUUGAUCACCCCUCGUUCGGUAUCGAUCAGAAUUACCUCCCAGUUCGUAUCUUUAUCCCAGACACUUUUCUACUAUCAGUAGAUCGACUUUUAGGCCAGGCCGAAGCCUCCAAAAUGCGGAACAUAUGGAGACGCCCAACUAUAACCAAGCCGAUCUCAAGUUUGGUGCCACCUCAGUGGGCUAAUAUGAUUUGGGCUUUAUCGAGUGGUCACAUUAUGCUAUUGAAGCAUGAGCUGACAAAGUCUCGAGGCGCCCAGAGAAUAAAAGCCCAUGUCAAGCUGUGGUCUUUACUCAGGCGUGUCAGUAUACAUGCACCAUCAGUCCUUCAAACUGAUAUGAACUAUAACAUGGCCCGUUGGCUAAGUCGUAUGUUUGUCAAUCUCGCGAUGGACCAUCCAGCCAAACUUUAUAUUCUUGUGCGGAUUCCAGAGUCUGACAGCUUACACACUGAAUUAAUUCUACGGGCGAUAGAGAACUCUGACAUUCUUUCUAUCAGUGCCCUUAUAAGAUACGAUGAGCUUUAUGAAAUGAAUAUUCCGAUCAUGGAUUGGUAUGACAAAGAUACAGGGACACGGCACGAGGCUGAUGUGCCCGAAAUUAUCCAAGCAGCCUUGGCAAUGCCUCCAGAUAGGAGGCUGGUGGAAUUGAUAAUUCAAGGUAAUGACCGUUGGUUCAUCCAACUUCUUCAAUGGUUCUGUUUUAUGAAUCUUUCCAACUUCCAAUUGAGUGUAGGUCAGGACCCGCCACUCUCGUUUAGGAGAGCUUUCGACGCGCUGAAACAAGUCGGUGUCUCUGAAAAAAGAAUUGGGAUCCUGGAGGAGUUAUUAGAUAUUGCUCGUGGCUCGCUGGUCGAGAUACAAGGUCUUGAGAUACCAAAAGUGGCGGAGUUAGAAUAA